AUGGCGACAGCUUGUCAUUAUGCUAUGAAAAUUGUUAUCUACCAAUAUAGGAUGCAAAAAGUGUUCAAGAAGUUGCAAAAUGUCCGAGAAGAAAAACUGGACUUUAUUAUGUGGGAGGAUGCCCUUCAUGAAAACGUAAAGAUCCCAAAGGACACCAUUAUCCAGGUGUGGCGAACAAACGAAUAUACGAGACAAAUUUUGUUGAAAGGUUACCGUGUUAUAUACUCGUACUGUUGGUACCUCGAUAGAGUGGAUCCCGGCGUUCACUGGCACAAGUUUUAUCAGUGUGAUCCUUACGGUAAUGGUCGAUAUGCGAAUGACAAGUCCAUCAUCGGAGGAGAAGUAUGUAUGUGGGGAGAGUACAUGUCCAGCGAAAUGUUGAUGAAAUGGCUCUGGCCUCGUGGAUCCGCCGCAGCAGAGCGUCUUUGGAGCAGAAGAGAGGACACCUUCGAUCUAUUCUAUGCCGCUAGAAGAUUAGAAGAGCACAGGUGUCGUAUGCUCAGGAGAGGCCUCGACACUGGUUUCGCCAACGGUCCUGAAUUCUGUCUGAGGAAUACCAAGCGUAAAUCACGUGAUAGAAACCAUGACACAUAUCCAUCAGCCAAUCAGAACUCUGUUUUCCAACAUCCAGUGAAAUCUCGUGUACUAGCGAUUCCAUGGAAUUCAGACAGAGAGGUGAUGUACCUUUUCUAUCUGACGUCAGCAUCGGUGUUGUUUGUGGUAUUCCUGAUAUAUUCACAAGGAAAGAGGAGACUUCUUAAGUGUCGAUAG